CUUUCUGUUUUCGGGUGGAGUUAUAAAUGAGCGCGUGUCGCGCAGACACGCUCGUGUUCAGACGGACGGUGUUUGUUGGCGGUGGAAGCGGUUCCGCAGAAGUUUCGUUCGGUGGUUCUGAUCUUCAGUCGGUGAUCCGCUACUGUACCGGAGGAGCGCGAGCUGAUCUUCAGUCCGUCACCGGUGUGUGUGUCAGAUGAGCUCAUCAUGGGUGAAGCCUUCAAACACAAGGAGCGUUGCGGGAAACAUCUGCGUCUGCUGCUCUUCAUACUGCUGCCGUGUGUGUGCGGCCUCGUGUGUGUUUGUGUGCUGCUGCUCACGCUCACAGGUUUAUUUGGGAAUGGCUUGCUGGAUGCUGGAGGUUCCGUCCCCAUAGCAACACUAACCCCCCUCCUGACUGACGGGCACUUUAACGACACCCUCACCGACCCCAACCCAUUGAUGACUGAUAACGGAACUGUGUCAACACGGCAGGUCAUCUUUACAAGCCCCGCCCCCCCAGCGUGGGACUCCGCCCAAUGGAUGCCUCGUGCUGAUACCUCUUCAUCCUCCUCUGAGGGUCCCGCCCCCACGGCCUCUGCGGACUGGUUGACGGUCGUCUCCACGGCGACAAGCAUGAACGCCGAGUCCGGUUCCUGCUCUGACAUCACAGAGAGUCAGUGUCACAUGUUGCCGUACAAUCAGAGUGGCGUGUUGCCAGGGAUGACGGUCGUCAAGAGCAGCGAGCUGCAGAUGUUCCUAAAGUUCUUCAGUUAUCUGAGUCGCUUGUCCUGCUACAGACAUAUCAUGGUGUUCGGAUGCUCCAUCGCGCUCCCACAAUGCAUCAGCCACGGAAACCGCAGGACUCUUGUGCUGCCAUGUCAGUCAUUCUGUGAAGCGGCGCGUGAAGGCUGUGAACCCAUGCUGCAGAUGUUUAACGCGUCCUGGCCGGAGUUUCUGCGAUGUUCUCAGUUCACCAAUAACAGCGGAACAACUGCUGAGAACACACCAGUGUGUUACACACCACGACACGCCAGAGGAAAACUCUCUAUGUGCGGAGGAAGUGACAACUUCCUGUGUGCAAGCGGAAUAUGUGUCCCUCGGAAACUGGUGUGCAAUGGAUACAACGACUGCGAUGACUGGAGUGACGAGGCAGAUUGCACCUGUGCAGACGAUCAGUAUGUGUGUUCUACCGGUCGCUGUGUCAGUUCUGAUCUUGUGUGUGACGGAUACGACGACUGCGGUGAUCUCAGCGAUGAGCAAAACUGUGUGUGUGACCCUGUGAAAGAGCAUCACUGUGGAGGAGGACGCUGUGUUCCCAGAGACUGGCUCUGUGAUGGAGAUCAUGACUGCCUGGACAAAAGUGACGAGCUAAACUGCUCGUGUAAGUCUCAGGGUUUAGUGGAGUGCAGGAAUGGUCUGUGUAUUCCCAGUGCCUUUCGCUGUGAUGGUGAAGAUGACUGUAAAGACGGCAGUGAUGAAGAGAACUGCACACAUCAACACUCUCAGGGUUUGUGUCCUCCUGGACAGCCCAGCUGUAUUUCCACGUCCUGCUCGUCUGAUUGUCAUGGAAACGCUACCUGUGACCUCCGCAACACUGGCAGUAACUGCAGUGGCUGUGAGCCCAUCUCUCUGGAGAUCUGUAUGAAUCUGCCCUACAACUUCACCAGGUUUCCAAACUAUCUGGGUCACCACUCACAGAAGGAAACGUCCGUGAGCUGGGAGUCUUCACUCUUUCCUGCUCUCGUUCAGACCAACUGCUACAAAUAUCUCAUGUUCUUUGCGUGCACAGUGUUGGUGCCGAUGUGUGACCCUAUAACACAGCAGAGAGUGCCGCCCUGCAGGUCUCUCUGUCAUAGUUCAAAGGAGCGCUGUGAGUCAGUGCUAGGGAUCGUGGGAUUGCAGUGGCCUGAGGACACAGACUGUGCUCAGUUUCCAGAGGAAGGUCAAAAAAACACUUCCUGUCUGCUUCCUGACCCCGAUGUGAAUGAAUGUUCUCCCAGUCACUUCAAGUGUCGUUCAGGGAGGUGUGUGCUCUCAUCCAAACGCUGUGACGGACACACAGACUGUGAUGACGAUAGUGAUGAAGAAACAUGCGGCUGUGUGGAGCGAGGAUUAUGGGAAUGUCCUGGAGACAAAACCUGCAUCAAUCACAACAUGAUCUGUGAUGGAUUCCCAGACUGCAGCCUGAUGGAGGACGAGCACAACUGCUCGGUGUGCAGCAGUCAUGAGCUGGAGUGUAAUAAUCAUGAGUGUGUUCAUCGGUCGCUGUGGUGUGAUGGCAGGAAGCAUUGCCCUGACAGCUCUGACGAAUGGAACUGUGUGUCUCUGUCUGAAGGGGGUUUGCUGGUGGUGUAUAAAUCCGGGAUGGAGUAUCAGGUGUGUGCGGAUGGAUGGAGCUCAAACCACAGCAGCAUCACAUGCACACAGAUGGGUUUAGGUUCUCCUCUUUCCACAGAAAUGGUUCAGGACAGGUCGUUGUCUGCCGUUCGGAGGCGCUGGCUCCACAUCAGCCCACACUGGAGUGAACACAACAUCAUACCACUGCAGAGCAUGCUGGGAAAGAGAGGGCAGAGUUGUCAAUCACACAAGACAAUCUCACUGCAGUGUACUAAAGACGAAUGUGGGCGUCGGCCUGCAGCUCGGCUGGUGAAGAGGAUUCUGGGAGGGCGUACAAGUCGCCCGGGCCGUUGGCCGUGGCAGUGCUCCCUUCAGAGUGACCCGAGCGGACACAUCUGUGGCUGUGUGCUGAUCGGCAGGAAGUGGGCUCUCACUGUAGCGCACUGCUUUGAGGGGCGUGAGAGUGCCGAUGUUUGGAAAGUCGUUCUUGGCAUCAAUAAUCUGGAUCACCCAUCUCCGUACAUGCAAACACGGCGAGUCAAAAGCAUCAUCCUUCACUCGCGAUACAAUCGUGCCGUUGUCGACUAUGACAUCAGCGUGGUGGAGCUCGAGUCAGAGGUGGAGGUGACCAGUUAUGUCCGUCCCAUCUGUCUACCGGACCGUGGACAACUACCCAAACCUGACAAAUACUGCCAUAUUACGGGCUGGGGACACGUGGGCAGCAGAAUGCCGUUUAAGCUGCAGGAGGGCGAGGUGCGCAUCAUUUCGGUCUCUCAGUGUCAGUCGUACUUUGAUAUGAAGACCAUCACAUCACGGAUGCUCUGCGCCGGAUACGAGGCGGGAACUAUCGACUCGUGUAUGGGUGACAGUGGAGGACCGCUGGUCUGUGAGGAAGAUGACGGUCGCUGGUCUCUGUACGGUUUGACCUCCUGGGGCUCCGUGUGUUUCUCUAAGGUCUUGGGCCCCGGCGUCUAUGCAAAUGUCACUCACUUCACUGAGUGGAUCGAGAGACAGAUUUACCUGCGCACAUUUCACCUGCUGUAGGUUGAACACACACACACACACACAGCUGGAGAUGAGCUGCUCUCUCACCUGCGGAGAGGAAAAAGAAUCUGUGAAUGAACUUCACUGAUCAUCCCAGAAAGAUAAGAGUGUGCGUGUGUGUUUGUGAAUUACACCGUGUCCUAACCAGACGUGAUGCAAUGCCAUGACACAGUGAGAUAAACACACUGUUCUGAUGUUAUUAGUCAUUUAAGUGGAGGAGAUCCUCACCGCUUCAUGCAGCUGCAUCACACCCAGUGUGGACAGACAGAUUGCUCAUUGGUUUAAUCGUGUCGUGUUGCGUCUCGUUAGGAUACAGUGUUAUUAGGCCUGUUUCACAGAUCGUGCGUCUGCAGCAGCAUCAGUGUAACUGCAGAUGUGAUUUCACACUAAGUGUUUCUGUUGCGUGACAGAACUGCGGCUCUAUUCAGAAAAUAUAGUGAUUUCUGAGGUACUGCUUGAGUUUUUCCUGUGAUAAUUGUCAUAAAUGAUCAAAUGGUUAUCAGGAGUGGCUCAUUAAGAAUUAUUACAAACUUGAUCACCAUAAAAUCUCAUUUACAUGAAGAGACGGGUCAAGUUUACACCCAAAUUAUGUGUGUGUGUGUGACUUGCAUCAAGACUGACAGACGUCUUUUUUCAAACAGUGGGUGAGUAGUUCAAACAGUAUUUUAUAUUGCUUAAUAAAAAGCCUAUAUUGCAAAAGAUUGUGUUGAUAAGUAGUACAUUUUAAAUGUGUAUUCUGCUGAAAUCAGUGUGCAGUGUGAUGCAGAAAAGUGCUCAGCAGCAAAACUCUGUAACCUGUUAAAAUGAAUAUAGUUUUCAUCGCUGCAGACGGCAGAUGUGUGAAACAGCCUUCAGUGUUUUACAUCAGGUCAAAGGACUUACCGCUCACAUUAGUUUCCUCUCUGCAUUUUCUCUGCUGCUAUUGGUGGGUUCUGUAAAAGGGCGGAACCGUUGUAACCUCUCAACCAAUGAUAUUCUAUCUUUUGUGUUGUUGAUGACAUUGCUUUUUUUGUGGAAACGUCUGGACUGUGUUGCUCAUGUGGGUCUCUGGUGUGUGAACAGUGUUAUUGUAAUAUUCACUUGAUGAAAGGCAACACAGUUCACGUGAAUGCUUGUAUGAAUGUGUCAAGUGCUUCUGCAUUUAAGUGCAACAUUCCCUCUGUUUUGUAUUUUUUAAAGAAUAUUUUUCUACAAUUUUUGUGCACAUAAAGCUGUAAAUCUGAACUGUGAUGUACUAUGUUUUUAAUGCUCUGUAAAUACAGUACACAUUUAUGUAAAAAAAUAAAUGCACAUUAAAGAUUCCUAUCUAGUACACAAAUA